AGCGUCGCUGCCGCUGGACUAGGGCGGGUGUGCGAGCCCGGCGCGCCGCGCGCAGAGGAUGCGAGCGGCAGGGAGCCGCCGCGCCGCCGCGCCCGGAGAACGCGAACGCGGGUGACCUCAGCCGGAGGAGAGCCGGGAGACGGAGGCCGCGAGCCCCGCGGGGAUCCUCGAGGCCGGGGUGCGGGGGACGGCGGCGGCGCGGGAGUGCGAGGCGCACACCGGGCGGGGCUAGCGGACAGUGAUGAGCGGGCGUGCGGGGAGGCUGCACGCCGCCGCCGCCCGGAGCAUCCGCCGCCUGAGCUGCUGCUCGCGGCCCGGGCCCCGGCCAUGGAGACGCUGAAUGGCCCCGCGGCCGGCGGCGCCCCGGAUGCGAAGCCGCAGCCGCCCGGCCAGCACCACCGCCACCACUAUCUCCACCCGCUGGCCGAGCGAAGGCGGCUGCACCGCGCGCCCUCGCCCGCCAGGCCAUUUCUCAAGGACCUGCACGGCCGGCCCGCGGCCCCCGGCCCGGCCGCCCCUUCCUCGGGCCGAGCCCCGGCGCCCGCCGCUCCGCGCUCGCCCAGCCUCGCGGGCAAGGCGCCGCCCUCGCCGGGGCCCCCGGCCGCGCCCGGCCGCGUCCCCCGGCGCAGCGGCGGCGCCCCUGGCGCGAAGGACAAGCCGCCGCCGGGCGCCGGGGCCAGAGCAGCGGGCGGCGCCAAGGCCGCUCCGGGCCCCAGGAAGGCGGCGCGCGCGGCGCCCGCCGAGCCGCUGCCCCGGGUCGGGAAGCCGCCGCUCGGGGCCGAGCCGCUGCCCGCCGCUGCCAAGGGCCGCAAAGCCAAACGCGGCUCCGGUGUGGUCCCCGCCCGCGCCUCCGGUCCCCGGGUUCCCAUCGUCCCGGUCCCCGCCGUGAUCCUCGCCGUGACCCCCGCGGCCGGCUCCCCGGCCCCCGGCUCGCGCAUCAGCCACACCGACAGCAGCUCCGAUCUCUCCGACUGUCCCUCCGACCCCCUGUCCGACGAGCAGCGCCUGAUCCCCGCCGCCAGCAGCGACGCCGAGUCCGGCACGGGCUCCAGCGACCGGGAACCCCUGCGGGGAGCCCCCACGACGAGCCCCGCGGCUUGGGGGGCGCCUACGGGCAGCCCCGAGCCCUUCCCGCUCCUCGCCGCGCCCCCCGCCGCCUGCCUCGGGGGUCGGAGCAGCCCGAGCGGGGUCCCCGCGGGGUCCCCGGGGCCCGGCGUGGCGGAGGAUGCCGGGGGGUGCGCUCCGCCAGAGCGAACGGUCCCCGGGAACCCCAAGGAGCACGGCCCGGGCGAGCAGCCCCGGCUGGUACCGGCGGCGGCGGCGGAGGAGCUGCUGCGGGAGAUGGAGGAGCUGCGCUCGGAGAACGACUAUCUCAAGGAUGAGUUGGACGAACUCCGUGCUGAAAUGGAAGAGAUGAGAGACAGUUACUUAGAGGAAGAUGUUUACCAGCUGCAGGAGCUUCGGCGGGAACUGGACCGCGCCAAUAAAAACUGCCGAAUCCUGCAGUACCGCCUCAGGAAGGCUGAGCAGAAGAGCCUGAAGGUGGCAGAGACCGGGCAGGUGGAUGGCGAGCUCAUCCGAAGUCUGGAGCAGGACUUAAAGGUGGCCAAAGAUGUGUCGGUCAGGUUGCACCAUGAACUUGAAACUGUGGAGGAAAAGAGAGCUAAAGCUGAAGAUGAGAAUGAAACUCUGCGACAGCAGAUGAUUGAAGUGGAAAUAUCCAAACAGGCCCUCCAAAACGAGCUGGAGAGACUGAAGGAGAGUUCCCUGAAGAGAAGAGGCAGCCGGGAAAUGUACAAAGAAAAGAAAGCCUUCACUCAGGAUGACAGCGCCGACCUGAGGUGCCAGCUCCAGUUUGCCAAAGAGGAGGGCUCGCUGAUGCUCAGGAAGAUGGCCAGGCUGGGGCGGGAGAAGGACGGGCUGGAACAGGAGCUGCAGAGGUACAAGGCCCUCUACGGGGACGUGGACAGCCCGCUCCCCACGGGGGAGGCCGGCGGGCCGCCCAGCACUCGGGAGGCCGAGCUGAAGCUGCGGCUGAAGCUGGUGGAGGAGGAAGCCAGCAUCUUGGGCCGGAAGAUCGUGGAGCUGGAGGUGGAGAACCGGGGCCUCAAGGCGGAGAUGGAGGACCUGCGGGGCCAGCACGAGCGCGACGCUGCGGGCCGGGAGCCCCUGCCCGGCGUUCCGACCUCGCCCUUCGGGGACUCCCUGGAGUCCUCCGCAGAGCUGCGCCGGCACCUGCAGUUCGUGGAGGAGGAGGCGGAGCUGCUGCGGAGGUCCAUCUCCGAGAUCGAGGACCACAACCGACAGUUGACCCACGAGCUGAGCAAGUUCAAGUUCGAGCCGCGGCCGGAGCCCGCGUGGCCGGCGGGGGGCGCGAGCGGCGGAGCGCCCCUGCAGGAGGAGCUCCAAGCGGCGCGGCUGCAGAUCAGGGAGCUGAGCGGGAAGGUGCUGACGCUGCAGCAUGAGAACCAGGCGCUGCUGUUGGGCGCCCCACGCUGUGACCCGGUCGCGCCCCCGGGCCCGCGCGCCCCAAGUCCCCGCGACAGCGAUGCUGACAGCGACGCGGGCAAGAAAGAGAGCGACGGGGAGGACGGCCGCGCGCUGCAGCCCCGGCGGGAGGGCCCCAUCGGCGGCGAGAGCGACUCGGAGGAGACCUUCGAGAAGACGUCGGGCUUCGGCAGCGGGAAGCCGUCGGAGGCUGGUGAGUGCCCGGCAGAGCUGCUCCGCGCUCGGGAGGACUCGGAGCGCCUGGCGAACAUCAGACACGAGGCCGAGCGGCUGGAGCGGACCGUGGAGCGCAUCAUCACCGACACCGACGGCUUCACGGACAUGCCGCUGCAGGGCGGUGGGGCCUUGUCGGGAGCCGGCGUCCAGGGCGCCAAGGAGGAGCCCCAGCUGCUGGGGACCCUCAAUGCGAGGAUGAAGGCCUUCAGGAAGGAGCUCCAGGCCUUCCUGGAGCAGGUGGAGCGGCUGGGGGAGGGCCUGUCCCCUCUGCCCCACCUCACCGAGUCUUCCAGCUUCCUGUCCUCUGUGACCUCCGUGUCCGGGGACUCCCCCGUCGGGAACCUGGGGAAGGAGCUGGGCCCGGGCCUGCAGUCCAAACUGAGAGAUCAGCUGGAGUGGCAGCCCGGGCAGGAGCGAGGGGAGGAGCGGGGGCCCCUGCACCUCCGAGCCACACGGGAGCUGCACCGUCGAGCCGACGGGGACGCGGGGAGCUGCCGGCCCGGAGCCCAGAGCUGCUUCAACCUGGAGCUCAGGGGCUCCCCCGUUUUACCUGAACAGAGUGUAUCGAUAAAGGAGCUGCAGGGUCAGCUUGCGCAGGUGGCCAGACGGCAUCAAGAGGAGGCAGAGAGAUUUACAGACACCAUCCGGCAGGUGGAGGAGGGGCACCUGUGUGCCCUGCGGCGGCGGGAGCUGGAGGUGCACAGCCUGGCCCUGCAGAACUCGCUGCAGGAGCAGACCUGGAGUGACGAGAGGUACUUGAUGCAGCGGGAGCUAUGCUCCCUGAAGCAGAACAUCUUCCUUUUCUACGUCAAACUCAGGUGGCUGCUGAAACACUGGCGGCAAGGGAAGCAGGCGGAGGAGGACGCAGAGGAUUUCACGGAGAGCGAGCUUCCAGAGACCUUCCACAGGCUUGGGGAGCCUGGCGUUCAGGAGGAUGCGAAGGUGGACGGUCCAGACCCAGAUGACGACGGUCCAGGCUGUGGCUUUUCCCUGGGGGAGCAUCCUCCACAGUUUGGUGUGCAGAUCGGUGACCACGGAUCACGGCUGCAGCCCACAGACGGGGGACAGCUCCACAGGCAGGUGGCAGAGAACCAGCCGCUGUUCUGCGCGCUCAAGGCGCUGCUGGAGGAGCUGCGCGUGGAGCUGCGGGAGGACGAACGUGCACGGCGGCGGCUGCAACAACAAUAUGCCGGCGAUAAGGCCUCCUGGGACGUGGAAUGGGCCGCGCUCACAUGCCGCCUGGAGCAGCUGGAAGCGAAGACUGAGAAAAGCUUGGGAGACCUGGGCUCCUCUGCUGACAGCAAAGGGGUGUUCACGAAGGAGAGGGAGGCACAGCAGAAGCUCCUGGCUGACAGUCAUGGGCUGGUCAUGGACCUGCGAUGGCAGAUCCACCACAGCGAGAAGAACUGGAACCGAGAGAAGGUAGAGCUUCUCGACCGCCUGGACCGGGAGCGGCAGGAAUGGGGGCGGCAGGAGAAGGAGCUCCUGUGGAGAAUCGAACAGUUGCAGAAAGUGAACAGUCCCCGGAGAGGUGGCAGUUUCCUCUGUGAUCAAAAGGAAGGCGAUGUCCACCCCUGUGCCCACACGGGGAGCCCCUGGGCACCCCACCCCACGGGGACGUGGCCCUGCAUGGACACUGACUCCAGCACGUUUGAGGACCAGCCGCUGUCCAAGCUGAAGGAAUCGGACAGGUGCUCGGCCCGGGAGAACCUCUACCUGGAUGCCCUGUCCUUGGACGACGAGCCAGAGGAGCCUCCAGACCGCAAGCCCGAGAGGGAGUUCAGGAACUGCUUCCCCGAGGAAGAAGAAAAUCACAAGGGAAAUCUUCAAAGGGCCGUGUCCGUCUCAUCCAUGUCUGAGUUCCAGCGCCUGAUGGAUGGCUCUCCCUUCCUGCCAGAGAAGGGCCUGCCCGCCACCAGCAGCAAGGAGGACAUCACCCCACCCCUCUCCCCAGAUGACCUCAAGUACAUCGAGGAGUUCAACAGCAAGAGCUGGGACGACAGGCCCCCAGACCCCUGGGCGGACAGGACCGAGGCGGGUCGGGCGAGGCCCGAGGCCAGCACCGACCCUUUCUCCGACUCCUCCUGGUACCUCACCACGAGCAUCACCCUGACCACGGACACCGUGACCAGCCCGGAGCACUGCCAGAAGCAGCUCCCGCGGAGCCUUGUCUGCGCCGAGCAGGCCGGGGUGAGGAUGCUGCACAGCCCGCCUGCCGUGCGGAGGCUGGAUGGUACCGUGGUGGCAGGCGGUGAGGGCAGGGCCCGAGGGGGCCCAGGGGACACCAAGGGGGGCUGUUCUGAACACAUUCUUAGGUGGCCCUGUGCCCCCUCCAAGCACCCCCGAGACUACACGGAGGGUGGGCUCUGGCCCCUCGACAGCACCCUCGGUUUCUCCUCCCCGCUGCACAGCCUGGAGAUGCCCAAGAACCUGAGUGAUGACAUGAAGGAGGUGGCCUUCUCCGUCAGCGCUGCCUGCUCCAGCCCCAGGGAGCCUCUGGUCAAGGACACGGCCUGCCAGACCAAUGGGUCCCGGACAACAGGGACGCAGACCCUCCAGACCAUCAGCAUCGGCCUGCAGACCGAAGCCCUGCGGGGCAGCGCCGUCACCAGCAGCCCCCACAAGUGUCUCACACCCAAGGCAGGGGGUGGCACCACGCCCGUGUCCUCCCCCUCCCGCGGCCUCAGGAACAGGCAGCUGGCCCCCGCCAUCGAGAAGGUGCAGGCCAAGUUUGAACGCACAUGCUGCUCCCCCAAGUACGGGUCUCCCAAGCUGCAGAGGAAGCCCCUCCCCAGAGUGGACCAGCCAAGCAGCAGGACCUCCCCGGGGCUGGCCCCGAAGGGCUGCGGCGAGUCGGCCUGGGCCCGUUCUACCACCACUCGGGAGAGCCCCGUGCACACCGCCAUCAACGACGGCCUCUCCAGCCUCUUCAGCAUCAUCGACCACAGCCCUAUGGUGCAGGACCCCUUCCAGAAGGGGGUGCGGGCCGCCAGUCGGUCUCGUUCGGCAGAGCCCCCGCCGGAGCUGGGCCCGGGCCAGGACACGAGCCCCAGCUCCCGAGGCCGGUCGCCCAGCCCGGUCGGGGGUGGCUCCGAGACGUGCAGGGAGGAAGGGGGAGAGGGCACACCUGCGAGGCAGGACCUGUCUGCUCCCCCCGGCUACACGCUCACCGAGAACGUCGCCCGGAUCCUCCACCGGAAGCUGUUGGAACACGCCUUAAAGGAGGAGCAGAGGCAGGCCGCCCACGGCACCCCCAGUCUCAGCAGCAACGGCCCCGUGGGAGAAAUGACGGUCAGAGCCGAGCCAGGGUCCAUCGAGGAACUCCCUUGUUCUGCACUAGCUCCAUCCCUAGAACCCUGCUUCUCCAGGCCCGAGAGACCAGCAAACCGUCGCCCUCCGUCCCGCUGGGCCCCACAUUCCCCCACUGCCUCACCAGCUCCGUCACCCAGAGACCUGACCUCCUUGGAGGAGCUCGGCGACGAGGGGGCCGCCCGGGGAGAAGCCACACCUGUGAUGCAGGCCCGCAUGGAUCAUCUGGAAUAAUUCACUGUAAUUGCAUAACCACACCGUCAUCAUCAACCGAACUCUACCCCAAAAGGAGAGAUCUGGUUUUCCCAAGGUCAAAGAAUGUUUUUUUUUUUUAAAAUAACACAGCUGCUGAAUGUUCAACCUGUGAAUCUGAGAUGUUUCUAGAAUGAAACAGUAAACGUGCCUGUAAGAACUUAAUUUUUUUCAUAGCUCAGAAAACUAUUUUUGUCUCCAUCUUUUUUACAGAAAGUAUAUUAAACAAAAGUAAAUAAGAUAUAAAUUUAAAAAAAAGUUUUUAAGAGAUUCUGAACACCCUCGCGCGCGAUACUGACUGCCUCACUGUUAAAUUUGCACUGUUAACAUUUGGUUUGGUUUAUUUCCACGUUGAAUUAGAGUGUUUUAAGUUAAUUUUAUUUUGUCAGUGUUCUUGUUUUUUAAGAAUUUUUGAAAUGCUUCAGACUGUCUGAUUCAGUGAACUUUUUGUAAUGAAAAAACCAUGAAGGCAGAUCUCCUAUACCCUUGAGGGGAUAGAUGGCAGCAUUCUGGAAAGGUAGAGAGGCCUCAGCCGGGUUGCCCAGACCUGCUGUAUAAUCCACAUAUUCUUCUCGACCUGCACGUCUUUGGGUUCGAAGCACUGGGGUGCAUGUACAUACCGCUGCUGUGGUCUCGCCCCGCUUGUGUGAGCCCUCUGUCCCACUGUGAUACGGUGUGAACCCCCUCGUACUGUACUGUUGUUGUCUUCUCACAUUGAUGAUACAACAGCAAUGGCAUUUUAAAAUUGUUGUUAAAAGAUUAACAGGCAAUACAGUGUUUACUCCAAAUUUCCUUGUUUAAGGAAAAACACUACAAAAAGUCCUGAGGAUACCAAAUGGAAAGAGAGGGUUGUGCCUCGGAGUCUGUAUGAGAUGAUGAUGAAGAAGAAAUAAAGCCUUUACAAGACGG